CUCAAAAUUUCCCUAACUUUGAAACCCUAAUUUGGAGGAAAGUGAUUUAUUAGGGUUCUUGGAUUUCCCAAAUUCCUUUUCUUGCCGAGAAUCUUGGCACUGGUGAUCAUCGGAAGAAUGUCUGGUGAGGAGGAAGAGAACGCCGCCGAGCUGAAGAUCGGAGACGAAUUUUUGAAGGCCAAAUGUUUGAUGAAUUGUGAAGUUGCACUGAUUCUUGAUCGAAGAUAUGAGCAGCUUCAGCAGAUGUCUGAUGAUCCUACCAACCAAAUUUCUCAGGUGUUUGAGAAGUCUAUGCAGUAUGUGAAGCGCUUUAGUCGCUACAAAAAUCCUGAUGCUGUUAGACAAGUUCGAGAAAUUCUGAGCAGGAACCGGUUAGCUGAAUUUGAGCUUUGUGUGCUCGGCAAUCUUUGCCCUGAAACAGUUGAGGAAGCAAUUGCAAUGGUGCCAUCUAUCAAAAGCAAAGGACGAGCACUUGAAGAAGACGCGAUUGAGAAAAUGCUGCAUGAUCUCUCUUUGAUCAAGAAAUUCGAGUAGCCUCUGCGGAAAAGAACAGACAGAAAGGAGAAUGUAUUUCCAAAUAUCGAAAGUUCACAGCAAAACAUUAUCAUGAAUUAAUGUUGGAUGUAAACCUAUGAACUUUGGGCUAGUGAAAUUUAAUGUCUGAAGAUUAUAUUUGCUUUUUUGUGAAUGUUGGAGAACAUCACUAUGGAAAUCAGUUGCUGUGUAUUGUUUGAUGGCGAUUGCAGACUAAUUAAAGUGUUUUUCUUUGUA